AUGCCUCGUCCCUCCUGUCCGAGUGUAGGUGGUUACGGCCUCAUACAGGCCAACGUGAACCACUCUCCCCAUGCGCAGGAUCUUCUCCAGCAAAGCAUGGUGGAGGGGGGGUUCACGUUGGCGAUCGUGGCCGAGCCCCACCGCCCCCCCUGGAAAAGCCCAUAUUGGGCUGUAUCUUCCGGGUGGGCGGGGGACUCGGUCGCGAACCGAUGGCGGUCGGUGCCGGGAGGGCCCGACACGACCCCCAUCGAGAGGGGAGAUAGGCACGUGGCUGUGCAGUGGGGGCCCAUCGCGGUCGUGGGGGUUUACUUAAAGCCCACCAGACGCUCUGCCCCGUUCAGGGACUGGCUAUUGGACAUAGGGCAGACGGUCCUACGUCUGAGUCCAAGGCCGGUCCUCGUGGCCGGGGACUUCAACGCGUGGCACACGAGUUGGGGUUCCCGGCACGACAACGAGAGGGGUAGGGCCCUGGAUGUGUGGGCGGCGACGCACGGUCUGGUCCUA